UGACUAGGAAGCUGCGAAAAACAAGCGUCGCUUGGAUUCACGUUUGGUCAGGUGCUCAUAUUUACCCGUAUUAUAAAAUGCCAAAAGACAACUGUGCCGCUCUAUUGUUUCCUACAGCAACGAACGGAUGACAUGUAGUUGUCCGGCAGAACAAGAUUUAGAAAAUAUCGACCUCUGAAAAGAAUCAUCAGAAGACAAACAUAUCUUUCUGCUGGGCGGAUCUUAAGCACUGUGCUGCCUAUAAAGGUAAGGAUGAUGACAGUCCUAAUUCUAGCAGCCAUGAUGCUCUCCCUGCCAGGACCUGUGAGCUCCGAAGCCGUCAGUCCCAGCAGCCCAGAAGUUCUUAGAGCCUCAGCCUAUGCCAUCCGCGUUCAAAACCAGAUGAAUGGGUACCCCUAUGCCUUCAAAGUCACGGCCAUCCAGUCUGCCAGUGCCCAACUUUAUCCACCUGCACGAGUGAAAUACUGGCUGAGGGUGCAAGCUGGGCAGACGGUUUGCAAAAACGAGCCGGACAUCGAGCCGGCAGACUGCGCACUGCGGAGCUCUCCAGAUGCCAAGAUGAUGACCUGCGAUUUCGUGGUGCUCAUGGUCCCGUACUCCGACGUUCCAAGCCACCUGCUGGAGAAUCGAUGUAGUGCAACUGCCUGACAUCCAGUGUAGCAUUAUUUUCAUCGAACACAAUGCUCUAAUAUUGUUUUAAUCUUGGUAAUGGAGAAAGAAAGCAAUGAGGAAUUUAAGUCUCUUUAAGGAAUCUCCUUCCACAAAUGUUUUAUGGUCCAUCAGAUAUUAUUUAGGAUUAUUAUGAACUGUGCAAUGUAUCAGUGUUGAUGUUUCAAAGUAGUAAAUAUUUAUUGUUAUA